AUGCAGAUCCGCAGCGCCUCCAUAUCCUCUUCAAUUCUAGCUGCCAUAUCUUCGGAUCAUGAUAAUCCCAACCGCCCAAGCCUGCGAGUCAAGAUAAUUCGCACGCUCGCUACCUUCUUCUCAUUUUUCAGCCUACCACUUGCGCGGUACCGUGGGGCCGACUUUCUCGACCUCCGACACAAUGUCUGGCACUUGGAUGAAGAAGAAUACGCCACCUCUUUCCAGCUCGCACGGAAAGCUAAGAAGGGCAAAGGCCGCGAGUCUGACCUGAAGCCAGUCGGGGAUUUGGGAUACAGCGGAUCUACAUUCUUCACGACGGCUGAUGGCAAAUUUCUCGUCAAGUCGCUACCACGCCGAUUCGAGCAUGAGUUCUUCACGCACGAUUUGUUCGACGCCUACGUUGCUCACAUGAAGAAAAACCCGCAUAGUCUUUUGGUACGAAUUACCGACAUGGUAUAUACCUCUUUUGCAACAUUGGGGGGUAUUCUGGGUGUGGCUCCGACGCACCACAUCAUCAUGGAGAAUCUACUGUAUGGGAAAGACUCGGAGGUGGGUGAGUUGAAGAACCACUGGGAAACAUACGACCUAAAGCCAAACGAUUACUUCUUCCCCGAGAGGGAUAUUGCGGGUGGCAAGUUGGCUCCUGAGAGUGUCAAAGAAAGGCUGAUCGACGAAUUCCCUGACAAAAUCCGCGUCUCUGCAAGCCAAAAGCAGGAACUUCUGGACCUCCUCGAGGCAGAUACCAAGAUUCUCGCAGAAAAUAAUGCCGUCGACUAUUCCCUCUUUCUUGUUCGUUAUCCCGGCCCGAAUGCCACCGAAGAACCGCGCGAUAUCCCGACUGUCCGCUCCGAGGCACACCCAUGGCGUACCGGCAUGGUUGAUGCCGACGGUAACUGGAUCUAUCGCGCAGUUGUGCUCGACUUCUUUUGGGCCAAACACAAGUUCCGCGCGAAGGCAAUGACCAAGUUGGUCAAAACCUAUAACACCAUUGCCCACCAUGGCCCAAUGAGUAUUACCGCCAACCCGGCUGAGUAUCGUGAACGGUUCCUCAACAUGGUCCGCGACAUUGUCAUUGAAGCCUAA